AUGGCCUGGAUGAUGGCCCCCAGCUGGGUGAGCACGCGGGGGCGGGUGGCCCUCUUCAGGGUGCGCUCCGUGUUCCAGGUCCGGCCCAGGGGGGCCCGCAUGCAGCCCUGGAACUGGGCCUGGGUCUGGAAGGGGAAGGGCAGCGCGCUGACCUGGUGGGGGGCCACGGAGCCCCCCCUCUUCUCCGAGAUGAUGACGCUGGGCAGCUGCUGGUCCCUGCGGGGCGGGGGGGCCGCGCCCCUCACCCGGAACCGCCUGCGCUUGCGGGCGGAGGGCUUGAGGCCCAGCCCCCCCCACUCCCCCCAGCCGGGCAGGCUCAGGUCCACCACUUUGGCCCCCCCCGCCUGCUCCUGCCGCCGCUUGUCGGUGAGGAAGUCCGAGACCACGUCGUCCCCCGCAAAGGCCUCCCUGAUCAGCCCCCUCUGGUCCGGGGGGUCCCGGGGGUCCUCCGAGUCCGCUACGCUCGAUGCUCCUCUUCCUCUUGCUGCCUUUGGCCGGGGGGGCCGGGGGGGCCGGCAGCCCGGCCGGGGGGUCCGGGGGCGACCCGGACCGGUCCGGGGCCGGGCCGGGGUCCUGGGCCAGCAGAUCCAGGUCCUCGAAGGUCCUGCUGCCUCCUCCUCCUGUGCCCCUCCCUCCCUCUCCUGUGCCUCCUCUUCCUCCUGUGCCCCUCCCUCCCUCUCCUGUGCCUCCUCCUCCUCCUCCUGCCGCAGCUUCCUCUUGCGGUCAAACUCUGGGUUGGAUGGAUCUGGGCCCGGCUCUGCGUCGUUCACAAAGUCCGGCAGCACCUCCGGCUCCUCCUGCGCCUCCUCCUGCUCCUCCUCCUCCUCGCCCGGGUCGCCUCCCGCCCUCUGGGUCAGCUCCCUGUUGAGCUCCAGCUGCUGCUGCAUGGCCCGGCGGGCCCCCAGGUCGUACUUGGCCACGAUGGCCCUGGACUUGGCCCAGCGGCUGCUGUUCUGGUGCUUGAGGCUCAUCCUCUCCUGCAUGCGGCGGAGCUCCGCCCCCUGCAGCGCCUCCAGGGCGGCGCCCGGCUCCUCCCGCACCUGCCGCUCAAACUGCCGCAGCAGCUCCUUCCGCCGGGCCUUGUUGUGGACCCGGGCCCGGGCCUUCUGGAGCUCGGCCCGGCGGACCCGGGCCUCCUCCAGGCUCAUGGCCCUCACCGAGGCCUCCUCGGCGGGGGUGAGCACGGGGUCGUGGAGGGGCUGCUUGUGGGCGGACAGCAGGGCAAACACCUCCCGCUCCAGGGGGGUCUGCGCCCCCCAGCCCACCACCACCCGCUCCAUGGGCCGGGGCCCCGACGGCUCCCGGUCCAGCGGGAACACCAGCUGCUCGGCCCGCUGGUUCUGGCUGAUGACGGCGUCCCAGCGGCUCACCCGGGCCGCCGUCUUCUGGAAGGCCAGGUCCCGCUGGAUGCGCUCCCGCUGCUGGGAGCUCAGCGGGCACUCCUCCGUGCGCUGGCUCCGCUGCAGGCUCCGGAGCUGCUUCCGGCUCUGGGCCGGCACGGCGGGGGCUCCGCCGGCCGCUCCGACCAGGUCGGACAGCUCCACCCGCUCCGCCUCCCCCUCCGCGGUCACCGUGAACUCGGACAUGAGCGCGGCCGCCUCCGACCGCUCUCCCAGGGUCUUCUUCCUCUUGCCUCCGAGGGCCAUGAUGGCCUCCAGCAGCCUCCGACGCUUCCGGUCAUCCUCCCCGUCCUCCCCGUCCUCCUCCUCACUGCUCACGGCUCCGCCGGCUCCCUUCACCUCCUCUUCCUCCUCCUCUCCGCCAGCUCCAUUCACCUCCUCCUCCUCCUCCUCUUCUCCACCAGCUCCCCGGACCUCCUCCUCCUCCAUCAAGCGUUUCUUUUCCGCUUUGGAGCUCCUCUUGUUUGCCUUCUUCUUACUAACUUUCGCCAUCCUGGAGUAUCCGAAGAUCAGCGGAUAA